UGUGUUAACAGCGGAUGUUUUCCACUCGGCGCACUUCCGGGUUGCUCAGCUAACGCUAGCUGUAAAAGAGUUACCGACUAUCUGGUGACAAUGACACAUCUGGCAUAGCUGUUUUCACCUUCCUAAAGAUGAGGAGCUUACUUUUAAUCGCAUUUCUCGCUCCUUGUUGGGUCCACGGUGCAGUUAAAUCCAGAGUUACUCCGGAGGAGAAGCAGGAAGAAACCCCGGAGUUCGAUACUCUGAACUCCAUCCUGUCAGAUUAUGAUGUGCUGCCAGUGUCAGGCCUCCAGCUGCACUCUGUACGGAAGAGAGACCUCCACACCCAGUCCCACCUGGAGCGUCUGGUGAGCUUCACAGCUCUGCACAGAAAUUUCAAGCUUUACUUGACCACCAACACAAAGCUUUUCACCGACAACUUCAAAGCUGUGUUUCUUGAUAAACAUGGGAGGGAGAAGAACUUCGAUGUUUCACUUCAGAACUAUUUCACUGGACAUGUUGUUGGAGAGGAGAAUUCACGUGUGCAGGCACACAUAGAGGGAGAUGAGUUUUCGGCUCAUAUUCUAACCGAUGAAGCAGAGUACAACGUAGAGCCCCUGUGGAGGUUUACAGAUUCCCCAAUUGAUGGCAGGUUGCUGGUUUAUCGCUCAGAAGACAUCAAGAAUCUGAGCCGCAUCGCUUCUCCAAAAGUGUGUGGUUACGUCCACGCAGAGGCUAAGGACCUGCUGCCACAGAGUGCCAGGAGUGAUCGGGACGGGCAGGAGGGGGUGGACCAGGAAAAGGGGCACCACCACAGAGAGAAGAGACAGGCUCACGACCACAAGAAGAACACCUGCCCCCUGUUGCUGGUCGCAGAUUACCGCUUCUUUAAACACAUGGGCCGCGGACAAGAGAGCGUCACUCUCAACUAUCUGAUUGAGCUGAUUGAUCGAGUUGAUGACAUUUAUAGGAACACAACUUGGGAUGAUGAAUUCAAAGGCUAUGGGGUCCAAAUCCAUCAGAUCAUCAUCAACAAGGAGCCUACGAAUCCUCCGCCUGGCGCUUCUGACACCCGCUGGGUCCACUAUAACAUGGAGAACAGCCCUGUGAGCGGAAAGCUGGUCUGGGACGUGAAAAAACUUCUGGAGCAAUUCAGCUCGGACAUAGCUGACAACGCCUCCACUGUGUGUCUGGCCCACCUGUUCACCUACCAGGAUUUUGAUGAGGGCACACUGGGGCUGGCCUACGUGGCCCCCUCCAAACCUCAGGCCCUGGGCGGCCUCUGCCCAAAACCAUACUACCCAUCUCACUCUGUAAAGAAGCCCAGUUACCUCAACACAGGCCUGACCAGCACCAAGAACUACGGUAAAACCAUCCUAACAAAGGAGGCAGAUUUAGUGACCACUCAUGAGCUGGGCCAUAACUUUGGAGCAGAGCACGAUCCUGACAACAUCGCUUACUGUGCUCCCAAUGACGACCAUGGGGGCAAGUUUGUCAUGUACCCUAUUGCUGUCAGUGGAGACCAUGUUAACAACAAGCGUUUCUCCAACUGCAGCAAGAUCUCUGUAGGAAAGACGUUACGUUUCAAGGCUCCUGUGUGCUUCAAGGAGAGGAACAGUAAGGUGUGUGGGAACUCCAGGGUGGAGGAGGGGGAGGAGUGUGACCCUGGGCUACUCCACCUCAAUGACGACCCCUGCUGCUCAUCCGAAUGCAAAUUCAAACAUGGUGCACAGUGCAGUGACCGAAACAGCCCUUGCUGCAGGAAGUGCAUGUUUGAGCAGGCAGGAAAACGGUGCCAGGAACCCAUUAGUGCUACCUGUAAAGGCAUAUCCUCCUGCACAGGCAACAGCAGUGAAUGUCCACCUCCUGAAAACGCUGUCGACAACACGGUGUGUGUUGACAACGGCCGGUGUCACAAGGGAGAGUGCAACCCCUUCUGUGAGGCCAUGCAGAACCUUAAGUCCUGUGCCUGCAACGAGACGGAGAACUCCUGUAAAGUGUGCUGCAGGGGAAAAGAUGGCACCUGCUCUCCCUUCAUCCAGACCAAUGGCAGUUUCCUUUUCCUUCGCAAAGGAAAACCCUGCACUGUGGGCUUCUGUGACGAAGGCGGAAAGUGCAUGAAGCAGGUGCAGGACGUGAUCGAGAGGUUGUGGGAUUUUAUCGACAAGCUGGACAUUAACACGUUUGGGAAGUUCCUGGCUGAUAACAUAGUGGGCUCUGUCGUGGUGUUUUCCCUCGUCUUCUGGAUUCCUCUCAGUAUCCUGGUCCACUGUGUGGACAAACGACUUGACCAGCAGUAUGAGGAGAACACAAAGACCUUCUACUACCCUCCAAGUAGUCAAGAAAUGCUGACCAACCUCGAGUCAGCAUCCGUGCGCAUCGUCAAGCCUCCUCAGCCUCCCUCCUCCUCCGCCGGCCGGACCGCGCCCUCUUCCCUGCCCCCGCAGCCUCAGCAGCUGAGCCAAGUCGGGGCCUCUCCCGUGGCAAGCAGCAGCAGUACCCUGGCCCCCGGCCCGAGCUGCGGCCCCACCCCGGACAGCGAAGGGGGGCUGCGGAUGGCCACCAUCCAGGAGGACACCAGCAGCGACUCUCACCCGGGAGAGGAGGGCCUGUCGGACGAUUUCACAACCGCAGGAGCCUGCUCGUCGGCUACGAAGUCCUCCUACGAGGAUCUGACAGAACAGAACCAGCCAGCCAAGGACCGGCGGAGACUCAAGAGGCAGGACUGCAUUGACACUAAAGAGACAGAGUGCUGAGAGCAGACAGCCAGCACUGAUAGGUGUUUUAGGGAACAUGCAAAUACUUUCUGCAUUAAGUACCGUACAUUUCUUACUACAAAUCACAGCGAGUGUUGAACAGUAAUAGCAUUAUGUUUUUAUAGGUCAUAUUAGGUGUUUAAUAGAUCUAAGGACAACAUUUCAGCUGGCAUUAUUCAGUCAGCUGUAACUUGGAUUGAAUCACCAGAGAAUAAUGUUGUGCCUUUUUCAGUUUUUUAUGGGGUCCUUGGCCACAUGAUAUUCUGGGAGAUCUGAGUAGGUCUGUGGAAAUUAAUCUACCGCAGGCCGGUUGCCCAAACACAUCAAAGUUAAAUGAUAUUUUUGUUGUAACCCAGUGGUUAAAAGGUUUCUGAAUAUACAGGAAUUCAGAUUACAGGCUCUAUCCACCUUUGCCACAAUAUUAUAUUAUAAAAAGUGAGCUAUGAUUGUGGCUCACAAGUUGUUUUCUAUCUAUCUUACCAGUUCACUCCACCAACAGUUUAACAGGUGAAUGAUGUAACAUAAUAUUAUUGAUGUUGUAAAUGUGGUUAUUUUCCUAUUAAAGGAAACAUUUCUGUGUGAUAUAUUUAGCAGCAAACGCUAAACCUUGACCUAAAAAUGACCUGAAUCUGUGUCAUAACUGCACUUAAAGUAUUUUUCACAUCACUGGAGGACUGAAAUAAGUUGUAUACAUGUUCUUACUGCUGUCAACAAUGGAUUCUUUUAAAAAUGACAGAAUUGUAUAUACUUUGUACUUGUAACAUGCUUAAUACCGUGCAAGGAUUGAGAGAUGGUCUAUCAGUAUUGGGCUUAUUUUAUUUGAUUAUUUGUCAUGUGGGCUCUCUGAGCGGUUGAUACCUGUAUGAAACAACAUGGUGCCUUUUCAGAUUUUGUGCCUAACCGUUUUGACUUAUUUCUGUGCAAAAAGACAUGAAAAUUCCCAGUAGGUGAACAGAAAUCCAGACAAUCCUGAAUUGUAUUUGAAAAGAAACCAACUGAGGUGCUCGAAUGUUAUUUCACUGCUUUGUUUUCUGUCCUGAGUUAUGCACCUCUCUGUUAUUUAAAGCCGUCUCACCACUGUUGCCUGCUGUGUCACAUAAUAAAACUGUAAAAAAUAUAUUUAACUGUAGGUCAAGAACAAAAGAAGUAGUAGUUAACAUUGUUUAAACUGGAUGAAUGAACUGUUACAACAAGCAGAUGUCCUGUGUGAUUUACUCUGAUGAUGUGUAUAUUACUAAUAUGUCUAUGCAUAUAAAUGUCCACCCUUCAGUUCCUUUUUUUUUUAAGGCUUCUUGCUUGUAUUACCUACACACAUCUCAAAAUAAAAAUCUUUAUUGUGCAUUUUAAACAUUAAA